UUCCCCCUUGCCUGGUGUAAUUUUUCGAGUGGAGAGUGCAGGGCCAAGAAGGGAGGCAGCCCCUGUUCCUCAGAGAGAUCCAGGGACUGAGGUGGGGAACGCAGGGUCGCAGAGGUGGUGGAAAAACAGGAGCUCCGUUUGGACGUACAGCAACGCCACUGGUCAUGAAGCUGCAGUGAGGGGGAAGACAGAAGGACUUUGGCCACGUGUUUGGAGGGAAAUUUGCAUUGGAUCUGGACAACUAGACACAAGUGCCUUAUUUUAUUCUAUUUAAAAAAAAAAUUGUCUUGGAUUGAGUGCGUUUUUUGUGAGUGGGAGCAGCCAACAUGGAGGGUGGCAGUGCGCCCGUCGUCUUGAACGAGGAGGAGCUGAAGAGGAAGCAGAGGGAGAAGAUGAAGAAGCUUCAGGCCACGGGGGGAAACCCGCGGCCCGCCCGCUCCCUCUUCCUUUUCACGCUGAAGAACCCGUUCCGCAAGGCCUGCAUCCACAUUGUGGAGUGGAAACCGUUUGAGGUUAUCAUCCUGCUGACUAUCCUGGCUAACUGUAUUUCCCUGGCCAUCUUCCUGCCCUUGCCUGAAGAGGACACAAACAACACCAACUCCACCUUAAUGACUCUGGAAUACAUCUUUCUGUUCAUCUUCACUGUGGAGUGCUUUUCAAAGAUAGUGGCAUAUGGAUUACUACUCCAUGAAGGGGCGUAUUUACGGAAUUGCUGGAAUAUUUUGGACUUUGUCAUUGUCUUUAUGGGACUCUUCACUAUCUUUGUGGACUCCAUCAACAAAAUAGGUGGGCAUCCAGUGGAGAAGGGAGGCGGGUUUGACAUAAAAGCCUUAAGAGCCUUCAGAGUCCUGCGACCCCUGCGCCUCAUCACUGGUGUCCCCAGUCUGCAGGUGGUGAUGAGCUCCAUCAUCUAUGCCAUGCUGCCUCUCUUCCACGUGGCCCUGCUGGUCUUCCUUGUGGUCACCAUCUACGCCAUCAUGGGCCUGGAGCUUUUCAAGUGCAAGAUGCAUAAGACCUGCUACUAUAAAGGAACAGACAUCUACGGGAUUGUGGAGAAUGAGGUGCCCGCCCCCUGUGCCCAGGCUGGCCAUGGGCGCCGCUGCACCAUCAACGGAACAGAGUGCCGCGGAGGCUGGCCAGGUCCUAAUAAUGGCAUCACUCACUUUGACAACCUUGGCUUUGCCAUGCUCACUGUCUUCCAGUGCAUCACCACUGAGAGUUGGACUAAUGUUCUCUACUGGGUGAAUGACGCCAUUGGUAAAGACUGGGCCUGGAUUUAUUUUGUGAGUCUCAUUUUGCUCGGCUCCUUCUUUAUGCUGAACCUUGUUCUGGGAGUCCUGAGCGGGGAGUUCUCCAAAGAACGUGAAAAGGCCAGAUCCAGGGGAGAGUUCCAGAAGUUGAGAGAGAGACAGCAGCUGGAUGAAGACAUAAAGGGUUACAUGGAGUGGAUCACUCAAGCAGAGGUCAUGGGCUGUGGGGAGGGGAAAGCACUGCUUCCACUUAAUGAGAAUGGCUCAGAGACAGACAGCCUGUUUAACAUGGAAGGAAUGAGCCGUUUAGUCUACUUCUAUCGCGUGGCACGCCGCUGGCACCGAGUUCUGCGGCAAAAAUGCAUCAUCUGUGUGAAGACCAAGAUCUUUAACCGAUUCGUUAUCCUAACCGUCCUCCUAAACACACUGGCCAUCGCCACGGAGCAUCAUCACCAGUCGGACACACUCACACAGUUUCAAGAUAUUGCCAACAGAAUCCUAUUGACUCUGUUUGCCAUUGAGAUGGUCAUGAAGAUGUAUGCCUUUGGCCUGCUGGCCUAUUUUAUGUCCAUCCUCAACCGCUUUGACUGCUUUGUGGUGGUGGUUGGCAUUCUGGAGAUCAUUCUAGUGACAGCUGGGGUCAUGACCCCUCUGGGCAUCUCGGUGAUGAGGUGCAUGCGACUGCUGCGCAUCUUUAAACUCACAAAGCAUUGGACAUCCCUCAAUAACCUCAUAGCGUCCUUACUGAACUCUGUGCGCUCGAUUGCCUGCCUUCUCCUGCUCCUCUUCCUCUUCAUCGUCAUCUUCGCGCUCUUGGGUAUGCAGGUGUUUGGGGGCAAGUUCAACUUCCCCGACGGGGUGGUGCGACGGAGCAACUUCAACAACUUUCCUCAAGCCCUGAUCAGUGUUUUCCAGGUCCUGACAGGAGAGGAUUGGGACGCCAUCAUGUAUGAUGGUGUAAUGUCUCACGGAGGGCCAACUUUUCCCGGGAUCCUCGUCAGCAUAUACUUUGUUAUCCUUUACGUCUGUGGAAACUUUAUCCUUUUGAACGUCUUCCUUGCCAUUGCUGUUGACAACCUCACAGAGGCAGAGAGCCUAACGUCAGCUCAAAAGGAGAAGGAGGAGGAAAAGAUGCGCAAGAAGCUACAAAGACCAAAUUUGACAGACAGGGGUGAAGAUAGGGAGGCGGCUUUGGCCAGGAAACUGGCAGAGCAGCGGGCCAAGGCAGCCGAGGGAAUGCUUACAACAGCUAAGAUGAAAGUAGAUGAAUUUGAAUCAAAUGUGAAUGAAGUGAAGGACCCCUUCCCCACCGCUGACUUCCCAGGUGAUGAUGAGGAGGAGGAACCAGAGAUCCCAGAGAGCCCGAGGCCCAGACCCAUGGCCGACCUGCAGCUCAAAGAGGAGGCCGUUCCCCUGCCACAGGCCAGCUCCUUCUACAUUUUUGGGCCGGAGAACAAGUUUCGUAAGCUCUGCUUCCGGAUCAUCAACCACACCAAGUUCACCAACCUCAUCCUGCUCUUCAUUCUCCUCAGCAGUAUCUCCCUGGCUGCUGAAGACCCCAUCGAUCCCAAGUCCUUCAGGAAUAAGAUCCUGGCCUAUGCUGAUAUCGUCUUCACCACUGUGUUUACCAUUGAGAUUAUGCUCAAGAUGACUGUUUAUGGCGCAUUUCUGCAUGAGGGCUCUUUCUGCAGAAACUCCUUCAACAUCUUGGAUCUUGUUGUUGUGAUUGUUUCCCUCUUGUCUUUUGGAUUGGAGUCCAGUGCCAUCUCUGUGGUGAAGAUUCUCAGGGUGUUGAGGAUACUUCGACCGUUACGAGCUUUAAACAGAGCCAAAGGGUUAAAGCAUGUCAUCCAGUGUGUCUUCGUUGCUGUCAAGAGUAUUGGCAACAUCAUUCUAGUCACGCUGGUACUAGACUUUAUGUUUGCCUGUAUAGGUGUACAACUUUUUAAGGGAAAAUUCUACACCUGCACCGACCCUUUCAAACUAACUGAAGCAGAGUGUCAGGGGACCUUCGUAAAGCAUUUGCAGAAUUCUCUAUAUGACACUGAGGUCAGACCACGCGAGUGGAUCAACAAUGAUUACAACUUUGACAACAUUUUCAAUGCCAUGCUGUCUCUCUUCACUGUGUCUACGCUUGAGGGCUGGCCAGAGUUGCUGUACAAAGCCAUCGACUCUGACAAAGAGGACAUGGGUCCUAUUUUUAACAACCGCGUGGAUAUCUCCAUCUUCUUCAUCAUCUACAUCAUCCUGAUUGCCUUCUUCAUGAUGAACAUUUUUGUGGGUUUUGUCAUUGUCACCUUCAGAACACAAGGAGAAGAUGAAUAUCAGGACUGUGAGCUGGACAAAAACCAGCGUCAGUGUGUGCAGUAUGCUCUGAAAGCUCGACCUCUCAGAUGCUACAUUCCCAAGAACCCCUACCAGUAUAAGUUCUGGUACUUGGUGACUUCGUGCUACUUUGAGUACCUCAUGUUCUUCCUCAUCAUGCUGAACACACUAUGUCUGGGGAUACAGCAUUGUAACCAGUCAGACAAUGUGACCAAGCUCGCAGAUACUCUGAACAUCAUCUUCACAGUCCUCUUCACACUGGAGAUGGUUGUAAAGAUGAUUGCCUUUAAAAUAAAGGGUUACUUUGGAGACCCCUGGAAUGUCUUUGACUUCCUCAUCGUUAUUGGCAGUGUUGUUGAUGUGGUCUUGAGUGAAGUGGAUGCAGCACUUGCUUCCAGUGGGGGACUGUACUGCAUUCAGGGUUGUGCUGAAACCAACCCACUGCAAGCCAUUGCAGAUGCAGAAAAUGCUCGUGUUACCAUCACAUUCUUCCGACUGUUCCGUGUUAUGCGUCUGAUAAAACUUCUUCAUCGAUCAGAGGGCAUACGGAACCUACUGUGGACAUUUAUCAAGUCUUUUCAGACCUUCCCUCAUGUGGCUCUCCUCAUCAUUAUGCUCUUCUUCAUCUACUCUGUCGUGGGGAUGCAGAUAUUCGGCAAGAUAGCCUUAGUGGACGGCACAGAGAUCAAUCGAAACAACCACUUCCAGACAUUCCCCAGCGCCAUCCUGAUUCUAUUCCGGAGUGCCACAGGUGAGGGAUGGCACAGGAUCAUGUUGGCCUGCAUGAGUGGGAAGUUGUGUGACCCCAAAGCAGCAGUGCACCCUGGGGAGGAGAACACAUGUGGGUCCAACUUUGCAGUCUUCUACUUCCUCAGCUUCUACAUGCUGUGCGCCUUCUUGGUCAUCAACCUGUUUGUGGCAGUCAUUAUGGACAAUUUUGACUACCUGACGCGUGACUGGUCCAUCCUGGGCUCACACCACCUGGACGAGUUCAAGAAGAUCUGGGCGGAGUAUGACCCAGAGGCCACGGGCCGAAUCAAACACUUGGAUGUUGUAACCCUUCUGCGGAGAAUCCAGCCGCCAUUGGGCUUUGGUAAAUUCUGCCCUCAUCGGGCAGCAUGUAAGCGCUUGAUUGGUAUGAACAUGCCACUGAACAGCGAUGGAACGGUCACCUUCAAUGCAACCUUGUUUUCCCUUGUCAGAACAGCCCUCUAUAUUAAAACAGAAGGUAACUUUGAACAAGCCAAUGAGGAGUUGAGAGCCAUCAUCAAGAAGAUUUGGAAACGCACCAGUAUGAAGUUGCUGGACCAGGUGAUUCCACCCAUGGGAGAUGAUGAGGUGACAGUUGGAAAGUUCUACGCCACCUUCCUGCUCCAGGAGCAUUUCCGCAAGUUCAUGAAACAACAAGAAGAGUUGUAUGGCUACCGCCCAAGCAAGAGGAGUGCAGCUGAAAUACAGGCUGGCCUGCGCAGCAUUGAUGAGGAGGCGGGCGGAGACCUGCACCGGGCCAUCUCAGGAGACCUCAUCGCUGAGGAUGAGAUGGAGCGAGCCGCGGAGGCUGGAGAGGAGGGCAUCUACAGGCGAACUGGAGGUCUGUUUGGGCACAACGCGGAGCCAGAGGCCAGCAGCCCAACCAAUGCUCAGAUGACCAACCAAAGGCCUCUGCAGUUCUCCGAGAGCCGCCCAGAUGAGACAGAGACCCCACCAACCUCGGCCUUCACGACCACUUCCGAGUUCUUCCCAGUCACUCCAACAAGAUCAAAUACCAACAACAACGCUGCCAAUUUUGCCAGAGGAUUAGUGUAUGAGAGUGAACUGCCAUUUGAGGAGGAGAAGAAAGACUAUACAACUCAAGAUGCACGGAACAGUACACAAGUAGAUGAAUUUGUGAGAGAAGAAUCACUCUCAAGGGCCAGUCAGAUGAGACGCUUGUCGGAUAUCCCCAUCAGAACAGACAUCACCCAGUUCCCUGUUUAUGGGUCCCAGUCUCAGGAAGAGCACAGCCCUGCUACUGACCAGCUGAUCCAGGAGACUCUGAAAAACAGUGGUUUAGAGACCCAGGCGAGAGAUCCAGCGUAUGUGGCCGUAACCAGACAGGAAAUAUCAGACGCGCUGCAGUUGGAUGUAGCGGAGAUAGAGGGUGCAGCCCAGGGUAUCCUCAACGGGCGCAGCGGGCGUGUGACGAGGCGUAAGCGUCGCCCCAUCCCUGUUCCCCCCUCCAAGCCCACCCAGCCCCAGGAGCCUGCUCAGGCCACCAGUCAAAUGUAGGCCAGCGCCACACAUGACAUGAGGUCAGAGGUCAUCUUGGGUGAUGAGACUUUAUACAGCAGGUAACAUCAGCGCAUUACAAAUCCUGUUUUGUGCUUUGAGUACUGAAACCCACAAGUUAUGGCUAGGCAGAGGUGCUUAAGGGUUGUAAUUGUGGUUGUUUAGCCAAGGCGAAGGAAACACAUUUUUUUCGAUAGAGUAAUAUCUCUAAAAAUCUACUCAUUCAACACUAAUAAAGCCAUAUUAACAGGACACAUGUUGAAAAUCU